GACAAACAAAGAAAGAGCAAUGAAGCAGCCGCUCACUGACCCUAAUUUCAACCUAAAAAUGCGAGAGUGGCUCUGUUUUUCUUAUUCAAAAGUUUAUAGUAAAUUAAUUAGGUUCUUUUGUAAAAAAAGAGAUGGAAGCAAUAUCCAUUGAAUCUGAUCCUCGUUUUCAUUUUCAAGUUGGAAAGAUAAAAAUCAGCGAGGGAAUGAAGUGUUUGCAUGAUUUAGUAGAAUGGUACAAGGGCAACUUGAUCCCAGAAAACGUUGAAAUCUUUCAUGAAACUAUGACCUACCUUCAGUCUCUUCAACAACAAAUACAGGAGAUCAUUGAAAUAAGAGAACAAAAUGCCCAUUUUAGACCUACUCUAAAUGAAGCAAUGGUGACGGAUACAAAUGUGGAGGAUUCAUCAUGUUUUAAACGAAAAAGGUGGUCAAAGGUUUGGGAGGACUUCACAAAGUAUGUCGACAAAGAUAGAAAGGAAUGGGCUCAGUGUAAACACUGUAAGAAAAAGUUUGUAGGAUCAAGUAAGAGUGGAACCACACAUCUCAAAAAUCAUCUAAAAAGUUGUCCGAGUUUGAGAAAUCUAAGUGGGGUAGUAGAUAUAGCAAGAGAGAAAAGUGUCAUUGAUCAAGAAAUGAAUAACUCUGAUUUGGUGCGAAAGAUCAUCAUGUAUGGGCUUAAUGGCAUAAAAAAUGAAAUAAUUGAUGUUUAUGAACAAGAGAAAGUUAAGUUGCACAAAUAUUUGGAUAAUCUCUCUGGUCGUUUUAAUGUAACAAUUGAUUGGUUAACCAACGGUCAUGAAAUUGGGUUUAUGACAGUUUGGUUUAUAGAUGAUAAUUGGGAAUUGAAGAAGAGGAUUAUUCAAUUGGAGAAUGAUGAUAUUGCUAUAACAAGAGACUUAGAUGAAAAAUCUCUAAAGCGUUUGUUUAUAGAUUGGAACAUAGACAAAAGAAUAUUGUCUAUAGUUGUUGAAUGUAUUCGUGAAUCAAAGGUUAUUGAGCUUAACAAUUGGCUUAAUGAACGAGCUUCUCUUCCUUUCAUGGGGAAUUAUUGUACAUGUGGUUAUUUAUUAAGUAGAUUUGAAUCUAAAGUUAGAUUUGAGGUGUUGAAUAAUGAUAUUUUCAUUAAAGCGAGGAAGCUUGAAGAUUACUAUAUGACACAAUCAAACAAAUUUAUGUUUGAAUUAGCGGUGAGAAAAGCUGAGUCCAUGGGUAAAAAGGUAAGUUCCAAAUAUCAUCCUAGAGAUCAUCUUCAAAAUUUUUAUCUGCUUGAUUGGGCGAUGGGAUAUAAAGGAGCAUUUUGUGAACUGGAGCAUAUAGAUCCGGAUUUCAAGUCUAUCAAUUUUGAUUGGAAUGAGGCAACUUUACUGCACAGCUUGUGGGUAGUGUUGAAUGAAGUCUCUCAAAUUAAAUUGGCAAAUGAGUUUUUCCCUAUACUUUUAAAAGUGCUACAGUUUACAAAAAGUGAGCAUCAUUACAUUCGCCACGUUGCAUCAUGUUGCAUAGAAUAUUUUGAUGAAUACUGCAACAACUCUAAGCUGGUUUUCAUAAUCUCAGUAAUUCUAGAUCCACGGUUCAAAAUGGAUAUUGUACAGCAUUUCCUCAAAGAAAUGUAUGACAAUGAGGCAGCAGACACACACCUGAAAAAAAUCAUUCAUAGUGUUACAAAUAUUUACAAAGAAUAUGCAAAGGAUGUCCAUACCAUGGAAAGACCAUUUGCAUUUUCACAGCAUGCAAAUGAGGUUGCUUUACCAAAAUCAGAACUUGACUGCUAUUUGACAGAUUCCAAGGUUCCUCCAUAUGAAGACUUUGAUAUACUAGAAUGGUGGCGUCUCAAUUCUUCGACUUUUCCAACACUUGCUAGGAUGACUCGUGAUUUCUUAUCCAUACCUAUAUUUGCUCGUUCGAAUGACUUUAAUUAUUCUUUGUACGAAGACAUUAAAGAUAUUUCUAAGACUAGUUUGGAUGUCCACUUAGAACAUGCUUUGAUAUGUACUAAACUUUGGUUGAAAGACCCCGAGAAUAUAUAAUGAAGUUGUUGAAAUACA